CGAGCAAGAUGGCAGCUUCCGAGACGGUUAGGCUACGGCUUCAAUUUGAUUACCCGCCUCCAGCUACCCCGCACUGUACGGCCUUCUGGCUUCUGGUCGACUUGAACAGAUGCCGAGUCGUCACAGAUCUCAUUAGUCUCAUCCGCCAGCGCUUCGGCUUCAGUUCUGGGGCCCUCCUAGGCCUCUACCUGGAGGGGGGGCUCCUGCCCCCCGCCGAGAGCGCGCGCCUGGUGAGAGACAACGACUGCCUCAGAGUUAAAUUAGAAGAGAGAGGAGUUGCUGAGAAUUCUGUAGUCAUCAGUAAUGGUGACAGUAAUUUAUCUCUUAGAAAAGCAAAGAAGCGGGCAUUUCAGUUAGAGGAGGAUGAAGAAACUGAACCAGAUUACAAAUAUUCAAAGAAGCACUGGAAGAGGCAAGAGAACAAUAACAAUAAUGAGAAGGUCUUGGAUCUGGAACCAAAAGCUGUCACAGAUCAGACUGUCAGCAAAAAAAACAAGAGAAAAAAUAAAGCAACCUGUGUCACAGUGGGUGAUGAUAAUGAAGAGACCAAAAGAAAAUCACCAAAGAAAAAGGAGAAAUGUGAAUAUAAAAAAAAGACCAAGAAUCCCAAGUCUCCUAAAGUACAGGCAGUAAAAGACUGGGCCAAUCAGAGAUGUAGUUCUCCAAAAGGUUCUGCUAGAAACAGCCUUGUUAAAGCCAAAAGGAAAGGUAGUGUAAGCGUUUGCUCAAAAGAGAGUCCUAGUUCCUCCUCAGAGGAGUCUUGUGAUGAAUCUAUCAGUGAUGAGCCCAGCAAAGUCACUUUGGAAGCCAGAAAUUCCUCGGAGAAAUUACCAACUGAGUUAUCAAAGGAAGAACCCUCUACCAAAAAUACAACUGCAGACAAACUGGCUACAAAACCUGGCUUUAGCCUUACCCCCAGCAAGGGCAAGACCUCUGGAACAACAUCUUCUAGUUCAGACUCUAGUUCAGAGUCAGAUGACCAAUGCUUGAUGUCAUCGAGCACCCCGGAGUGUGCUGCGGGUUUCUUAAAGACAGUAGGCCUUUUUGCAGGAAGAGGUUGUCCAGGCCCGGGGCCAUCAUCACAGAGUGCAGGUGCUGCUGGAUGGAGGCGUUCUGGCUCAAACGGUGGCGGACAGGCUCCUGGUCCUUCUCCCAGUGUGUCUCUCCCCGCUAGUUUAGGAAGAGGAUGGGGUAGAGGAGAGAACCUUUUUUCUUGGAAGGGAGCCAGGGGACGGGGCAUGCGGGGGAGAGGUCGAGGACGAGGGCAUCCUGUUUCCUGUGUUGUAAAUAGAAGCACUGACAACCAGAGGCAACAGCAAUUAAAUGACGUGGUAACAAAUUCAUCUACUAUUAUCCAGAAUCCAGUAGAGACACAGAAGAAGGACUAUAGUCUGUUACCACUGUUAGCAGCUGCCCCUCAAGUUGGAGAAAAGAUUGCAUUUAAGCUUUUGGAACUAACAUCCAGUUACUCUCCUGAUGUCUCUGACUACAAGGAAGGAAGAAUAUUAAGCCACAAUCCAGAGACCCAGCAAGUAGAUAUAGAAAUUCUUUCAUCCUUACCUGCCUUGAGAGAACCUGGGAAAUUUGAUUUGGUUUAUCACAAUGAAAAUGGAACCGAGGUAGUGGAGUACGCUGUGACACAGGAGAGCAAGAUCACUGUAUUUUGGAGAGAGUUGAUUGACCCAAGACUGAUUAUUGAAUCUCCAAGUAACACAUCAAGUACAGAACCUGCCUGAGUAUGACCUCUCCACCUUAGAGUUUAUGAAUGUCUUGUUUGUGAAAGUGACUCUAACCCGAACCUUUUUUUUUUUUUUUU